CUAUCUGGGAAAAGAUCUCCUCUCCCCGCUCUCUGCGUGCCAUGAACUGUUCAUUCAUGAGCGCCAGAGCUCCUCUCUACUCGUCAUCUCUCACGCCCAAAGCCCCUCCCGAUGUUUCGUCGCAAAAGAAAUUUUCCGGUUACAAGCACAGGUGCCCGUUUCAUUUCCGGAUCCGGGUCCGCAUAUCCUCCCGAGAAUGUUGCUCUGUAUUUCGGGUCUCGGCGCUGCCAAGUUCCGGUAAGAGGGGAGGCGGGAAAGUCUGGGCUGAUGUUAAAUCCAAGCCUUGCGAUAUACCAAGCUCCGGUCCGGAUUCAGUGAAGUUGGAGGAGGAAGAGUUGGACAGUUCAGUUGCCUGGUUGGAUCGGUUUCCGAAACGAUGGGUUAUUGUCGUUUUAUGUUUCUCAGCAUUCCUGCUCUGUAAUAUGGAUAGAGUAAAUAUGAGCAUUGCCAUACUUCCAAUGUCAGCAGAGUUCAAUUGGAACCCAGCGACAGUUGGCCUGAUACAGUCUUCUUUUUUCUGGGGCUACCUCCUUACUCAGGUUGCUGGUGGCAUUUGGGCAGAUACAGUAGGUGGCAAGCUGGUCUUGGGAUUUGGUGUAGUUUGGUGGUCGAUUGCUACAGCUCUCACUCCCAUUGCUGCUAAACUUGGAUUGCCUUUCCUUCUUGUUGUUCGCGCUUUCAUGGGUAUCGGUGAGGGUGUUGCUAUGCCUGCCAUGAAUAACAUUCUGUCAAAAUGGGUUCCAGUAGCAGAAAGAAGUAGAUCAUUAGCAUUGGUGUACAGUGGGAUGUACCUUGGAUCAGUCACUGGCCUGGCCUUUUCACCGUUUUUAAUCCACCAGUUUGGUUGGCCAUCAGUCUUCUACUCCUUUGGUUCUCUAGGAACAGUUUGGGUUUCUGUGUGGCUAAGUAAGGCAUAUAGUUCUCCUCUUGAGGAUCCUGAGCUGUUGCCUGAAGAGAAGAAGCUGAUCCUUACCAACAGCGUUUCCAAGGAACCUGUUAAAACUAUACCUUGGGGACUAAUUUUGUCAAAACCACCUGUAUGGGCCCUAAUAGUGUCUCACUUCUGUCACAAUUGGGGAACAUUUAUUCUUCUGACAUGGAUGCCAACCUACUAUAACCAAGUCCUGAAGUUCAAUCUUACAGAAUCAGGCCUUAUUUGCGUUUUGCCUUGGCUUACAAUGGCAUUUUCUGCAAAUCUUGGAGGCUGGAUUGCAGACACGCUAGUUAGCAAAGGUUUAUCUGUGACAAGGGUUCGCAAAAUCAUGCAAACAAUUGGAUUUCUUGGUCCUGCUUUCUUCCUAACUCAGUUGAGCCAUGUUAAUUCUCCUGCAAUGGCUGUUUUGUGUAUGGCAUGCAGCCAGGGUACUGAUGCAUUCUCACAGUCUGGUUUAUAUUCAAAUCAUCAAGAUAUUGCCCCUCGAUAUUCUGGAAUAUUGCUUGGUCUAUCCAAUACUGCCGGCGUACUGGCAGGUGUGUUUGGAACUGCAGCAACGGGCUACAUCUUGCAACAUGGUUCAUGGGACGAUGUGUUCAAGGUUUCUGUUGGGCUAUACUUGGUUGGCACUGUAGUUUGGAACCUUUUUUCAACUGGGGAGAAGAUCUUGGAUUAACUCAGAUAUGAGAUCCUUCACAUGCGGCAGUUCAAUCCUGAGAUUAUAUAGAAGAGUUCAACUAUAGAGAAUAGUGGAAAGAUGACAAAGCAAGAGAUAUGUAAAUCAAUUGGAUGAAUGCAAGAUCAUUUUUACUGAUAUUCUUGGGACUUGGAGAUUUUGCCCAUUUUUUUUCCCAUAUGGAGCAUGAAGCUUGAAUUUAGUAGAACUAAUGCCUCCCAUCUGUUGGAAUUAAGAUAACUGGGCACACUCCGAGGCCAUCUCAUUGGUGAAAGGAUACAUACAUAAUUGUAAAUGCUGUAUUUAGACUAACAUAUCAAUGCAGAGAUUAUGUUGCACAAAAA